AUCUUCAAUUAAUAUUUGAGUUUCGAAUGUAUACUGUAUAGUUCCAAAUUUGGAAGAAGUCUCAACAGUCAGCACUGGCUAGGCUGGGCGGGAAGAGCUCAGGGUUCUAAAGACCAAGGCUAUGGCGGAAAAAAAGAACCGGUGGAGUUGGGACUUGGGCGGAUUCGAGCCAUGGAAGUCGUCGCCUCCGCCUUCAUUUGGCUGUGAUGAUCAGGUACCUACUUCACCGUUGACGAGGAGGUACUCCAUCUCGACGUCCUCGGUUAUUCCGCGUUCCGAGCUCUCCAGACUCUCCAUGGUCUCCAAGGUUCAGCGAUUAAGAGAUAAAGUCAAGCUUGCUAGAGAAGACUACUUGCAGUUAAGACAAGAAAUGAGUGAACUUCAGGAAUAUUCAAAUGCUAAGCUUGAUCGAGUUACACGAUAUCUUAGUGUUCUUGCUGGGAAAUCCCGCAGGCUAGAUCAAGCCACCCUUGAGACCGAAGCAAGAAUAUCUCCGUUGAUAAAUGAGAAGAGGAGAUUGUUCAAUGACUUAUUGACAGCCAAAGGAAAUAUUCGUAUAUUUUGCCGUGCAAGACCUUUGUUUGAGUAUGAAGGCCCCUCAGUUGUUGAAUUUCCAGAUGACUGUACCAUGCGGGUAAAUACUGGUGAUGAAUCCUUGUCCAACUCCAAGAAAGAUUUUGAAUUUGAUCAAGUUUAUGGACCUCACGUUGGACAAGCUGAAUUGUUCAGUGAUGUUCAGCCGCUGGUUCAGUCUGCUUUGGAUGGAUAUAAUGUUUCAUUAUUUGCUUAUGGACAGACCCAUUCUGGAAAGACACACACGAUGGAAGGAUCUAGCUAUGAUCGAGGUUUAUAUGCUCGUUGUUUUGAGGAAUUGUUUGAUUUAGCCAACUCUGAUUCUACUUGCACUUCUCAAUAUGAAUUCUCUGUUACUGUUUUUGAGCUUUAUAAUGAACAGACAAGGGAUCUGCUUUUGGAGGUGGGGAAAAGCACGUCCAAGCUUUGCUUAGGAUCGAUGGAAUGUUCUGUUGAAUUGGUGCAGGAAAAAGUUAAUAAUCCUCUGGCGUUUUCUAGGGUUUUGAAAGCCGCAUUUCUGAGUCGUGGAAAUGAUGUGUUGAAGUUUAAUGUCUCUCAUUUGAUUGUCACCAUACACAUAUUAUAUAACAAUUUGAUCACUGGUGAAAACUCAUACAGCAAGCUUUCUUUGGUUGACUUGGCUGGAAGUGAAGGUUUAAUAACAGAAGAUGAUAGUGGGGAACGUGUGACAGAUUUGCUUCAUGUUAUGAAGUCACUUUCAGCUUUGGGUGAUGUUUUGUUUUCUUUGACGUCAAAGAAGGACGUUAUUCCAUAUGAAAAUUCAGUGCUGACAAAAUUGCUUGCUGACUCACUUGGUGGGAGUUCAAAAACUCUCAUGAUUGUAAACGUGUGUCCAAAUCUUUCAAAUGUAUCUGAAACUUUAUCAUCUCUCAAUUUCUCUGCUAGAGCUCGAAAUUCUGUAUUAAGCCUGGGAAAUCGAGAUACAAUUAAGAAGUGGAGAGAUACUGCAAAUGAUGCACGCAAAGAGUUGUAUGAGAAGGAGAAAGAAAUCCAUGAUCUGAAGCAUGAGGGACUGGGGCUUAAGCAAUCAAUUAAAGAUGCAAAUGAUCAGUGUGUCUUACUAUUCAAUGAAGUACAGAAAGCAUGGAAGAUUUCUUCUGUAUUUCAGACUGAAUUAAAGUCAGAGCAUAUUAUGCUAGCAGAUCAGCAUAAGAUUGAGAGAGAACAAAAUGCUCAGCUAAGAAAUCAAGUUGCUCAACUGUUACAGUCAGACCAAGAUAAAAAAUUGCUCAUCCAACAGCAAGAUUCAACCAUCCAAAGUUUGCAGGAUAAGGUUAAAGCCCUUGAAAGACAGUUGCAUAAAGCCAUUAAAUCCAGUGGCACAGGACCAGAUUCUGGAACUUCAUCCAAUGCUAAGGCAGCUGGCGAUGGUGUGGAUUCUUCUGCUGCAACCAAGAGACUGGAAGAGGAACUCAAGAAACGUGAUGCUCUGAUUGAGAGGUUACAUGAAGAAAAUGAGAAAUUGUUUGAUAGGUUAACUGGGAAAUUAUCUCUGGGCGGGUCGCCUCAGUUGUCAAGUCCGUUAUCCAUGGGAUCAGAUAAUGUUCAUCCUCAGGAUAUAGGGAGGAAUAAAAGCAACAAAGCUAGAGCUCAAUCUGUGGAUGCUCUUCCUUCACAUUUGGCCACAGAAAAGAAUGAUGGCACAGUUGCUUUAGUAAAAUCCAAUCCUGAGAAAGUUAAGUCUACCCCGGCAGGUGAAUAUCUAACUGCUGCGCUGAAUGACUUUGAUCCUGAUCAGUAUGAAGGCCUUGCUGCUAUGUCUGAUGGUGCAAACAAGCUGUUGAUGCUGGUUCUGGCUGCCGUCAUCAAAGCUGGUGCCUCUAGAGAACAUGAGAUACUUGCUGAAAUUAGGGAUGCUGUUUUCUAUUUUAUCCGGAAAAUGGAGCCAAAGAGAGUAAUGGACACCAUGCUUGUUUGCCGGGUCAGAAUCCUGUAUAUAAGAUCUUUGCUUGCUAAAUCACCAGAGCUGCAAUCCAUUAAGGUCUUGCCAGUUGAGUGCUUCCUAGAAAAAGCUAAUACUGGACAAAGUAGAAGUUCGAGCAGGGGAAGCAGUCCUGGAAGAUCUCCAGUGCAGUAUUUUGAUGAACAAAUCCAAGGAUUUAAAGUGAAUCUAAAGCCAGAGAAGAAAUCCAAAUUUUCAACUGUUGUAUUGAAGAUACGUGGAAUUGAUCAGGGUCCUAUAGAUUUGUCACUUGCUCUCUUUACAAUUUUUAUCGGGAAAAAUGUACAGGCGACCUGGAGACAGCAGGUAACUGGUGGAAAGUUAAGGGAAAUAACCGAGGAAGCCAGAAGUUUUGCAAUUCGAAACAAGGCUCUUGCUGCGCUCUUUGUACAUACUCCGGCAGGUGAGCUGCAGCGCCAAGUUAGGUACUGGCUUGCUGAGAACUUUGACUUUCUUUCUGUUACUGGCAAUGAUGCAUUGGGAGGGUCAACUGGUCACUUGGAGCUUCUUUCUACUGCAAUCAUGGAUGGUUGGAUGGCUGGACUUGGCGCUGCACUGCCUCCUCAAACUGAUGCUCUUGGCCAGCUUUUAUUUGAAUAUACUAAACGUCUGUAUACUUCUCAACUUCAACAUUUGAAGGAUAUUGCUGGUACCUUGGCUGCAGAAGAGGUGGAAGAUGCAGCACAAGUAUUCAAGUUGCGUUCAGCUCUUGACUCCGUUGAUCACAAAAGAAGAAAGAUUUUGCAACAAAUGAGAAGUGACGCUGCUUUAUUGACAUUGGAUGAUGGUGGUUCACCUAUUCGAAGCCCCCCUACUGCAGCUGAAGAUGCACGAUUAGCAUCUCUCAUUUCACUUGAUGGCAUGUUGAAAGAAAUCAAGAAUAUGACAAGACAUUCUACACUAAAUGCUGUGAGCAAAAGUAAGAAGAGAGCAAUGCUUGCUUCUCUGGAUGAAUUAACACAACGGAUGCCUUUGCUACUUGAAAUUGAUCAUCCAUGCGCAAAGGGUCUCAUUGCAGGUGCUCGCCACUUGGUUGAGUCGACUCCUGAAGUUGAUGACAAUAUCCAAGAUCUAUCACAUGCUCGCAAGCCUUCAACAGAUCUGGGCUCCGGAUCCGAAACUGAUGUGGCACAGUGGAAUGUCCUCCAAUUUAAUACAGGCACUUCCUCCCCAUUUAUAAUCAAAUGUGGGGCAAAUUCAAGUUCAGAACUAGUCAUAAAAGCCGAUUCUCGAGUUCAAGAACCUAGAGGUGGUGAGAUUGUGAGGGUUGCCCCUAGACCAUCAAUUUUGGAAAACAUGAGCUUAGAGGAAAUGAAACAAGUAUUUGCCGAACUACCUGAGGCUCUUAGCUUGCUUGCCCUAGCAAGGACAGCGGAUGGAACUCGAGCACGGUAUUCUAGACUGUACAGGACCUUGGCUAUGAAGGUUCCAUCCCUGAAGGAUCUGGUUAGAGAGCUUGAAAAGGGUGGUGUGCUGAAAGAUGUUAGAACAUAGCCCACAAUAUGGUAAGCCGAUGAUGAAUUAUAGUGCGUUGUGUUGAUGUUAUCUGGGUUUUGGUUGUGUGGCUUUGCGAGUCAGUCUGUCGCGUUUGCUGGAUCCUGGGGAGACAAUCUAUGUACAUUGUAAGCGUUAUUCUGCCUGCGCCUGUUAGUGUUUUAGUGGUAGUUAGUUCAGUUUUGCCCGGGAGUGUAAUUAAGCGGUGUAUGUAUUUCUCAAGCAACCUGUAAAUAUGUUCUGAUACGAAUAAGUCUGAAUAGAAAUUAAGUUCUCAAUUACUCAAGUCAAAUAUCAAAAGAUGAUUGUCUGUACAUGCUGGUUUUUGCUGAUGAAAGAGCUAUUUAUCGCAUGA